GAUUCAGAAUCGAGCAGUUUUGUGCUGCGCCAGAUUCUCCCAUUGUAUUAACUCAACCUUUAGAGAUUGUUCAAAAAAUGUUAACCCCAUUGGUAGAAGAAAUCGCUCCAAAUAUUGUUAGUACGUAUUUGCUUAUAUUAUGUGGAGUUACCAUUUUUAUAUUGUACUUACAAAUGUUAUGGAAAAAUAGGCGUUUAUACUGGUACUCUUACAAAACUCCAGGUCCCAUUGGUCUUCCAUUUAUUGGUGUAGGUUAUAAAUUUAUAACACGAGAUUUAAGUGUGCUGUUACAACGUUUUCUGGAUAUGCAAAGUGCCUAUCCACAAGUAGCGGCUGUGUGGUUUGGACCUAGACUUCAUUAUCUAAUAUCGAAACCGGAAUAUGUACAAAAAGUACUAUCAAGUCCAUCAGCUUUGAAUAAAGAUUAUCUUUAUGAAUUCCUGAAUGACGCAAGCGAAGGUCUGAUUACUGUUGGAGGAAAUAAAUGGAAAAAGCAUCGCAGAACUAUAAUGCCAGCUUUUAACCAAAAAAUACUAGACGCCUAUCAGAAUAUAUUUUGCAAAAAAUCAGAAAUAUUUAUAAGUGAACUUCAAAAAGAAGUAGGAAAUAAAAAUUUAGAACUCCACCGCUUAAUAUCUAGUUGUACAUUGGAUAUAAUAUGUGAAACAGCGCUUGGAACAAAUAUGAAUGUACAAACCACAAAGCAACUGGAAUUUAUUAAUGCCAUGGAUAAAGCAAUGGAAAUAAUAAGUAUAAGGAUGAUGCAUGUCUGGCAUCAAUUGAAAUUUACUUGGAGAUUGUAUCCAAUGAGCAGAGAGUAUUGUAAAGCACGUGACACAUUUCAUGCCUUCUUAUAUGCUCUAAUAUCAAAAAAGAUGAAAGGCUUUAAAAAUAAUUUAACUAGAAGAAAUUCCAACGUUGACAAUGAUAUUGUCUCCGCAGUUAAAGGGGAAUGCGAUGGUAUUGCAUUUUUAGAUCUUAUUUAUAACAAUAGUAAUUUCUCUGAACGAGAAAUUAUCGAUGAAGUCAAAACAUUUUUAAUAGCAGGCACUGAUACAACAGCAUCUACUCUUACAUUUGUUUUUACUAUGCUCGGCUUGUUCCAAAAUGUACAGCAAAAAGUUUUGGAAGAGAUAAUUGAUAUUCUGGGACCAGAGAGAAGACCUUUUCCUGCUGACCUACCACAAAUGAAAUAUAUGGAAAUGGUCAUAAAGGAAACAUUGAGGUUAUUUCCUGUAGCUCCAAUAAUUUCAAGAAUUCUAACUGAGGAUAUCGAUGGAGGUGAUAUGGUUUUUCCAAGUCGAAGUUCAGUCACGAUUAGCUCCCUAUUUAUUCAUAGAAAUCCUGAAUACUGGCCAGAUCCGCUUAAGUUUGAUCCAGAUCGAUUUUUGCCUGAAAACAUUGCAAAAAGGCAUCCAUGCACAUAUAUACCGUUUUCUUAUGGACCAAGAAAUUGCAUAGGAGGAAAAUUUAGCAUGAUAAAUAUGAAAACGAUUUUGGCUUAUGUUCUGCGUACAUAUAAAAUAUUUACUGAAUAUAAAAGCAUUGAGGAGAUCAAAUUAUCGAUGAACCUGGUUUUAAGACUAAAAGAUGGACCAAAAGUCUGGAUUGAACAUAGAUAAUUUCAAAAUGUGAAGAAAGCAAACUGCAAUAAUAAAAU